UUAGGCGGAGGAAGAAACACAGAUGGCGGCGGCGCGGCGCCAUUCCGGGCCCCGAGCAGCCAGCCAAGCCGCCCUGUCCUCACCGCGGUCCGCGCCGCGCCGCUAAAUACCCGGAUGGGCCGCCCGCCUCCCGCCGCCGCCGCCACCGCCGCCGCCUCCUCCAUCGCCUCAGCCGCGCCUCAGGCCUCGGGCCCCGAGCUCUAAGAGCGACCCGCCGGCUGACGGACGUUCGCCCCCGGCCACACCCCCGACCCCUCUCGGAGGGACGGGCGGACGGCCCGGAGGACACCCGCCGGGACCCGCCCGCCCCCCCCCGCCCCAGGGCCGUCGCCCUCCAUCGAGGACACCUCGAGGGACCGGCCGGGGACCGGGCGACAAGGCCGAGCCGUCGACGGACCCUCCCUCCGACCAGGGGCGAGGCGGGCGGGCCCCCGCUCACCCUCCGCCGCCCCGGCAGGCGAGGAGCCCCGACCCCGGGGAAGGCCAAGAGGCCGGCCCGCCGCCAUGACCGAGAACUCGGCCUCCGCCCCGGCCGCCAAGCCCAAGAGGGCCAAGGCCGCCAAGAAGGCCACGGACCACCCGAAGUACUCCGACAUGAUCGUGGCCGCCAUCCGGGCGGAGAAGAACCGCGCCGGCUCGUCCCGCCAGUCCAUCCAGAAGUACGUCAAGGGCCACUACAAGGUGGGCGAGAACGCCGACUCGCAGAUCAAGUUGGCCAUCAAGAGGCUGGUGACCGCCGGCGUGCUCAAGCAGACCAAAGGGGUGGGAGCCUCGGGCUCGUUCCGGUUGGCCAAGGGCGACGAGCCCCGAAAGCCCGCCGUCAAGAAGGCCAAGAGGGAAGUCAAGAAGGCGGCCGCCCCGAGGAAGGCCGCCAAGCCCAAGAAGGCCCCCGCCAAGGCCCCGGCCAAGAAGCCCAAGGCCGUGGCCAAGAAGGCCAAGAAGAAACCGGCCGCCGCCCCCAAGAAGACCAAGAAACCAAAGACUGUCAAGGCCAAGCCGGUAAAGGCGUCGAAGCCCAAGAAGGCCAAGCCGUCGAAACCCAAAGCCAAGUCCAGCGCCAAGAAGCCUGCCAAGAAGAAGUGAGAACGUUCGAGUCCUUAUUCCUUGGACGCUCCUUCCCUUCGCCUCCGUUUCUGUAAAUAGAUGCGCCUUUCUUUUCCCACCCCCCCCCCUUUUCACCCCUUUCUAUUACGACUUUCUAAGAGACAGAACUUUUAUUCCCUGGGAAUCGUUCAGUUAUUCUUAACGAACCUCAACCAACGACGACAAAAAAUCCCACCUCCGUGCUGAUGAGAGCGUCUUUAAAGUCUUUUUGCAGGAUUUUUUUUUUCCUUCUAUCGUUGUUUGAAAAAUCUCUUUGAUGUGACCUUUGGGGUGGUUCUGUAGUUGUUUGGCGGGGAGAGGGAAGGCGGGAGUGGGAGAGAGAAGCGUCUGGUCGGAUGGAUGGAUGGAUGGAAGGGAUCCGAGCCCUCUCGGCCCGCUCCUGGCCACUGGAUGGGUAUUAAUGAUGGUAUUCGUUAAGUGCUUACUAUGUGCCAAGCACCGGAUCGUUGCGCCGGUGAGGAUCUCUCCCGCAAACUCUCCAGCGCGGGGGAAUCCUCGGGAUGGGAACAAAGCCCCUAGCAGAAACAGGAAGGGGGGCAGGGAUUUUCAUCUUGGAAGGCUUUGGACAGGCGGGAAUAUGUUGGAAUCAAAAUGAACAGUUCCUUUUCCUUCCGUCCGGUGAUGCGACCGUCCUCAUCCCCAUUCUCUCACCCAACUGAGCAAGAGGUGUCCCAUUAAGGUCUGAAACCGGCAGCCCGUCCAU